AUGGAAGAAGUUUUUGCAAAAAUUGCAUUCGUAGAAUUAGCUCCGAACAUAAUAGUGCCAUAUGAAUGGCCCGUUGAUCGUAUCUAUAACGUCGUGUUAAGAUCUGCGGAAGAGGUCAUUAUGCAGAACACUCAUGAGGAUCUAAUUCUGCAGGUGGAUGGUAUCCCGGCAAGGUUGUAUAGAAACGUCAAAAAGCACCGUUUCUACCAUGUUUUCAAGAAAAUAUCCAAAGAAGACAUGUGUGGUUGUUAUGUUUAUGACAUUGCUUUGUCUGAAGAUCAAAAUACGAUAACAUUGGAGGAAUCUAGUGGGACUAACUCCUGUGAUGACUCUAAACUGAGGCGUAAACAUUCUUACUCCGAAGAUUGUAUGAUAUCGUAUUAUUACGUUCCUCACCACUCGUACGUAUGA